AUGAACAAACUCGCUCACGGGGGUUCCUACCCGGGUCGAAAGGACGACGAGGCGACUAUACUCGCCUUCUGUCACAUUCGGAAGGGUGCCACUCUGCCGUACACGAGGCAGCAAGUGUCGGGUGUGCCACCGAGAGCCCCGCCGGUUGAAUCGCGCGAGUCUGCGGUCCCGGCGGUGGCGGCCUCGGCGGGAGUUGCGCCGCUGGCCUCGACCACUGAAGAGGUCGAUGUGCCCCCGGCUGCACCCCUGGUCCCCAAGACACGAGAAGAGCCCGUGGCUACGCUAGCUGCGGCCGCCGAGAUGCAGGAUAUCGACCUGCCUGACGCAAAUUUGGCUGAGGCCAUUGCCGAGUCAGAGCGCCGUGACACUGACUCUGACGCUGCCCGUGCGCCCAGAAAGCGCCGGGCUAUGACGCAUGACGACUCCGACACUCCCUCUCAGACGUCCGACACAGCGAGGCCGCGGAAGAAGGCCUCGAGGGCUUCCCGCCCUUCCACCACGGAGUCUGGGACGACUAUCGCGGGCUCCUCCGCGAGCGCCGCCUCGCCGAGACCGACGCGGCGCACUGCCAGGGCUGCUGCGCUGCAGCAACCGACGCCGCUGCCGACCGCCAACGCGUUCGCGGGGGCCAGUGUGGACGCGACUGAAGAUGGUGCCGCGCCUCCUGUGUCGGCCCAAAAGAAGCCCCCGCCCAUCGUCAUCCAAUGGGCGGGAGGGUACAAGGAGUUCCAGCAAAAACUAGACAGGGCGGCCACGUCCGCCACUGUCAAGACUGCUGGCCGUGACCUCUACAAGGUCACGGUGUCCUCCAACGAGGAGUACCGCGCGGUGAUGGACACCAUCUCCAGAGAUGGCCUCCCGGGCCGAAACCACCGGAGCGGAGGGGCUGCUCCCUCUCGUAAGGUGCACCCAUCCACCAGCUUUGCUGCCGCCACCAAGGGCGGACCAUCAACCGCCACCGCCCGACGUUCGGAACUGGCGGCGGGCGAGACGAGGCAACCGGCCGCGCCGUCCCCGGCUUCGCCCGGGGGGGCGGCCAACCCAACACCCACGCAGAGCGCGCGGGUUGCCGCCCCGCGCAGGCGUCGCCGGCGCGCGGGCCGGGCCACCCAUGCCGCUGCACGCCGGACUGCCGAUGACACACUGCCGCAACAGACGACAGCACCUCGUGCUACGCCGCAACCGGCUGCCGACGCUCCGCGGCAGUCGUCUACUACGGAGUUGCCGCAACCGGCCUCCCCAGUGGCGGAGGCCGCCCCAGCGGCCAACGCCGCCCCCUCGGCCACCGAUGCAGCCGAGCUCCGCGACCUGCUAGGAGACUGGAAGCACAAGACUUCGAAACCAUACUAUCAAUGCCAGGCAACAUAUUCCUGGGAGGCGACUUCAAUGCCAAAAACACACUGUGGAAUAGCCGCCUGA